AUGACGAGGUACCUCGCCGGCAUACCGCGCCUGGCGGGCGACAACAAGUUCCUCGCCAUGUCCGAGUUUUUCCCCGUCCUACUCCUCCAUCACCUUCCCGCCCUCCAUGACCAUCUGGUGUGGUCUCGUCUUCAACAACAUAUUUAA